UCGUCCCUCAAACACCUUGCUUCCCAUCAGAGAUUGAUUAUUUGCUUGCCUGAGUAAUUUGCGUCUUCCAAAAGAUAUCAGAAUCAGGUUCUCUCUGUGUAGAUCCCUCUAGCGCCUUGCUAAGUAUCGUCCUUGCAGAAGAGUUGGGAUUAUUCGAUUCUCGGUGUGAAGUCGGCCGCGAAUUGUGAAAUUUACUAUGGCUCAAGUCGGUAAUGAUUGCUACUUCUUCUACUACUCGAGCUGCAAGAAGGGACCCGCUUGUCCAUUCCGGCACAGUGCCCCUGCACUUGGCAAGGAAGACGUCUGUCAAGAUUGGGCCAAAGGAAGCUGUAUUGUUCCGAAUUGUGCACGUCGCCACAUGGGAAUACAUAAAGACCGUGGCAGCAUGCCAUGCUACUGGGAGUCUCAGCGAGUGGGGUGUACCAAGCCGUUCUGCCCAUUCAAGCAUUUGAAGCCCCGUCCUGAUGCGCCUCUGCAAACUGGCCAAGUUCAACCCACUACGACCGCACCCCAAGGAAAUCCAGUCGAAGGUGGACCAGCGCAGGUGCUUUCACCUGAUUUCAAGUUGCUGAUAACCAUACCUGAUGAUAGCAGUGCACAGCGCAGCCCCACCAUCCGGACUAUUGGCAAAUCUCAAAAAAGACUGCGACACGCCCGAACACAAGGGGUUGCCACCGACUCAACUGCCGCUGACUCCAGAAUGGAUAUGAGAAGAGCAACUCGAGCAAUGAGCCGAUACCAUUGGGUUCAUGCUCGCGAUCAGCUAAAUCAACAGCAUAGAUCUGAAACUGCAAGGCGUGGUCCAGGUCCUUUGUUACCCAAGAAAAGGACAGCAUCUGUUCAGCAAGAAGUCCAAACAAAGCCGUUAGCCAAACGACGCAGGCCUGAGCCUGUUGCUGUUCCAGUGUCUCCACAACCGUCCACCGCUGCUGGUCUUCGCAUCAAGUCUUUAGAUGAAAUCCUUGCUGAGAAACGCAAGCAUCACGCGACCAUUAGUGACAGCACUGUAUCUGCAGAAGACACCUGUCAAAGAAGACCGGCCGAUUCAACCAGCAAGGAAUCACCAUCAGUAGUUUCCAGUUCAGCAAGCAAGAAUGUAUGCAGUCCAGUACUGAGUACUGCACCUACCAAGAGUUCCACUCCAGCGACACCACCUGCUAAGAUAACAAGACUCAGCAGUCAUUCUUCCGCUAAGAAGGAAAGCCCAGCCACUACGAAGGUGUCCCAAAGUGAAGGAAGUGAAGUUACUUCCACUGCUGAUACUACUACUAUGAAGUCCGAUGCCAAGUCUGAAUUUGAUUGGCUCGAUGACAUCGACCUGCUUGAUGACGAUGCAUUUGAGAAAGCGAUGAGAGAAUUUGUUGGUGACGUAACCUACGUCGACUUGAAUAAGCCAGACCUUGACGAAACAGUCAACAGCGAAGAUCUACUCCUGGAAGCGGAGCUGAUGAUUUAGACUAAGAGAACUGUUGUGUAUUUCCACAUUACGCAGUGUGCUCACCAUUUGCCAUGCCUACUUCAUGCCUAAUCGCCAUUGGGGAUAUACACCCGGUUUUUUCCCUCUCUACUGCGUCCGUCGGCGCGAGGGUUUUUUCCCGGCUGGCUCGGUCCAGGAAAAUUAACCUGACGGCCCCAAGUGGUUUUGCGUCAUGCCCUAUUUCAGCUAUCUGCUGGCUCACUUAUUUGGGCAUCUUCGCCUAAUGCUUGAUUAUUAUUACUAAUAAUGCUUUGAGCGCUGCUUGAUAUAUCAGCAUAUAAUGCUAAUUUGAAUGCUCGCUUUUCACUUUCUCGCUGGCUGUGUUGUGCAGAAUCAUGUGCCAACCUUUACUACAUGUACAUUGCAUUGUCAUUUCAUUCAGUACAAUGCAAACAUAUAUUAUUA